AAUUAAUUUAUCGAAUUUAAAAUCUCUCUCUCUCUCUCUCUCUCUAAUCAACCGAAAGCCCAAAAGAGCAAUCACCAUUGCAUCACCUUCACCUUCUUCUUCAGAGCUCUCUCUGCCCGUGCCCUGAGAUCUGAAUCCGGAGUUCCCCCUUCCCUUUUCUUCUUCAUUCACCUGAAGUUCUUUCUCCUUGUCAAUGCAGAUCCGCCAUGGAUUUCAUGAAGGUCCUCGAUCAGACCGUGCGUGAAAUAAAGAGGGAGGUGAAUUUGAAGGUCCUUAAGGUUCCUGAGAUUGAGCAGAAGGUACUAGAUGCGACAGAUAAUGAACCUUGGGGUCCUCAUGGAUCUGCACUUGCAGAGAUAGCUCAGGCCACUAAGAAGUUCACAGAAUGUCAAAUGGUCAUGAAUGUUUUGUGGACAAGAUUGCGCGAAACUGGAAAAGAUUGGCGUUAUGUUUACAAGGCAUUGGCUGUUAUAGAGUAUUUGGUGGCUCAUGGCUCUGAGCGUGCUGUUGAUGACAUCAUCGAACACACCUUCCAGAUCUCAUCACUCUCAAGUUUUGAAUACGUUGAACCAAGUGGAAAGGACCUAGGAAUCAAUGUGAGAAAGAAAGCAGAAAAUAUCAUCGCCCUUCUGAAUAAUAAAGACAAAAUACAGGAAGUCAGAAACAAAGCUGCAGCAAACCGUGAUAAGUAUUUCGGACUCUCAUCAACUGGAAUAUCGUACAAAUCUAGUGCUGUGGCAUAUGGCAGUAGUAGCUUUGGGAGUAGUGAUCCCUACAGAAGCACAAGAGACAGUGAAAGAUUCAGCGAUAGUUAUAAUGAAGAGGACAAGGAUGCUUACAAAAAGUCGGUGAAGAAGGAGAAUCAAGAAGAUAAUACAAAGAAGGGGUCUGCACGCCUUAGCAGUAAGAGGGAAUCAUCUUCUUCAUCAAAAUCAUCUAUAAAAGUGAACGGUUCCGAUGGUCACAAAACUGUUCCUUCUCAAAGCUCGAAUGUCCCUUCCAGUAACUGUGAAGAUGACUUUGAUGAUUUUGAUCCCCGAGGAACUUCAGUGACUAAGUCCUCUGCUGGAAGUUCGAACCAGGUGGAUCUUUUUGGGGAUAGCUUGAUUGGCGAUCUCUUGGAUACACCAGUAUCUGCAGAUCCUGUUCCAUCUAAUGGAUCUUCCAUGAAUAAGAGUUCCUCAGAUGUCGACCUUUUUGCAGAUGCAACUUUCGUAUCAGCACCACCUCCUGUAGAACCAGCUGCAAAUUCUCAGAAGCAGACUGAGGUUGAUCUUUUCUCUUCUAUACCUGCUGUAUCUCCUCCAGUUCCUGCAACGGUUGACCUUUUCUCAGCCCCAGAUCCAGUUGUUCCGCCAGAAACAAACCCCACUAAAUCUGUUCCUGCCAAUACCUCUGCUGUUGAUCCAUUUGCUGCGGUACCACUAAACAAUUUUGAUGGUUCUGAUCCUUUUGGUGCAUUCACCUUUUCCGAUCCAGUAUCAGCAGCGCCUUCUCAGAACCAAACUGAGGGUUCUGGCCUUGGUGAUUUGAGUGCAAUACCUUCAGUGGGUGCAAGUCCACCACCAGCAAAGGACGGUUUCCAAGUCAAGUCUGGAAUAUGGGCAGAUUCGCUCAGUCGCGGAAUCAUUGAUCUUAAUAUAUCUGCUCCCAAGAAGGUCUCGCUUGCAGAUGUCGGUGUUGUAGGUGCGCUAAGUGAUGGUUCGGAUGAGAGGGAGAAGGGACCCCCGGCCUCAUAUUCUAUGGGGAGAGCGAUGGGUGCCGGUUCAGGCCUUGGGAAAUCUGGAUUUCCGCCUGCACUGUCAGCCGGUGUAGAUGGCUUCUUCUCCAGCUUCGCUAGCCAGCCGUACCAGUACAACAGCUUCAAAAAGUAAACUCACUCUCCUUGCAUCUUGCCCUGAAUCCCUCAUUUACCUAGUCGAUAUCUCCCGAGUAAUUCUUCAUGCAUGCUUUGGCAAGUGAUAAUUGAAAGUAUGUAGUCCUCAUUCAUGUAUAAGCAUAUAGACAAAAAGUCUUGUGAUCUGGUAAAUUUAUCGAGAGUCGGAUUGUUGGGUGGUGCGUGAAUUUGGAUCUUCCCAUCAGCAUUUCGUAUUGGGAAGUAAAUUCGGUUUAUAUGAGAGUUCAUUUCUUUCUUCCUAUUGGGAAGUAAAUUCGGUUUC